AUGGCUGAUUUCAUGAAGCCGGCUCCCGAGCCUCGCACCGAACUCGGUCGCUACCGCGUGCUCUCGUCAACCGCAGGAAUCCGCGUAUCCCCUCUGCAGCUCGGAGCCAUGUCCAUUGGCGAAGCCUGGUCAGACAUGAUGGGCUCAAUGGACAAGGAAUCCUCCUUCAAGCUCCUCGAUGCCUUCGCCGAAGCCGGCGGCAACUUCAUCGACACCGCCAACAACUACCAGAGCGAGCAGUCUGAGACCUGGCUGGGCGAGUGGAUGGCUACCCGGAACAACCGCGACAGGAUGGUGAUCGCUACCAAGUUCACCACCGACUACAAGUCCUACGAGCAGGGUAAGGGCAAUGCCCCCAACUGCUGCGGAAACCACAAGCGCUCUCUUUACAUGAGCGUGCGCGACUCCUUGAAGAAACUUCAGACCGACUGGAUCGAUGUCCUCUACGUCCAUUGGUGGGAUUACACUACUUCCAUUGAGGAACUCAUGGACAGCCUCCAUAUCAUGGUCGAGCAGGGUAAGGUACUCUACCUGGGUAUCUCGGAUACACCUGCGUGGGUGGUCAGCGCGGCGAACACCUACGCCCGCGCACACGGCAAGACUCCCUUCAGCGUGUACCAGGGCCGCUGGAAUGUGAUGUUGCGUGACUUCGAGCGAGAGAUUAUCCCUAUGGCCCUUCAUUUCGGUAUGGCGCUGGCACCGUGGGAUGUGCUAGGCGGCGGCAAGUUCCAGACUGCGAAAGCCCUCGAGGAGCGCCGCAAGAACGGCGAGGGACUGCGCAACGUGCUGGGUUCUGGCGAGCAAACACCGGACGAAGAGAAGAUGAGCGAAGCCCUAGCCAAGGUGGCUGCUGAGCACGGAAUUGAGUCGGUGACGGCUGUCGCACUGGCCUAUGUCUUGCAGAAGGUCCCCAACGUGUUCCCAAUUGUGGGAGGGCGCAAGGUCGAGCAUCUUCACGAUAAUAUCCAGGCGCUCAAGAUUAGGCUGACGCCGGAGCAAGUGACGUUCCUGGAACGUGUUCGGCCCGUGGCCCUUGGGUUCCCGUACGAUCUAUUAGGCACCGAUCCGAGGGUCAGCGGAGUUCCCUGUCCUUGGGUAGACUUCGGUUCCAAACUGGCGGUGCAGCCGGCGCUCAAGGGGAUCGCGCCGCCUUGA